AUGCCCCCUGCCCUUCUCCCCCGGGAGUGCGCCCUGGCCUCCCCGGUGACCACCCUGCUCCUGCCGCUGGCCCUGCUGCUCCACGCAGCUAGAGUAUACUCUGAUACCAACGCGUUUCGAAUAAGGGAACGGAAACUGCCCCGGCAGCUGAAUGAGAGCAUGGAGCUGAGCUGCGAAGUGCUGCUGCCCACCCAGAGCGGAUGUUCUUGGCUAUUCCAGAGGCGGGAAGGCCCUCCCCUCUUCCUAGUCUACUUAUCCAGCUCCCGGAACAAGGUGGCUGACAGUUUGACUUCCAAGAUAAAGGGCAAGAAAGAAGCCCCCUCCCAAUACUCCCUCACCCUGAACCACUUCCAGGAGCAUGACCAGGGCUACUACUUCUGCACGGUCACGCACAACUGGGCCAUACACUUCAGCAGCGUCGUGUCAGUUUUCCUGCCAGUAAAAUGUGGACACCAACCCAAGCUCACAAGCUUGCUGGUUGAGCCCGGGAGAAGGGCUGGAUGGAGGAGAGAUGGCUUCUGCUUUGGGGGUGGGGGAGGCGCGGAUGCGCUCUGCGGAGCCCAGGACGCUCGCAGCUGGCUCUGGCGCCCGCCUCUAAAAGGCCAGGCGGUGCCGGCUCCAUCGCCCCUGCCCGCACGCAGAGUUCGCACCCGCAAUGGAAAACUCAGGAGCCGCGGCUCCCGCAAAGGCGCGCGCAUCGCCGGGUCCAGUCCCCAACCACGCUUGGAUGUUGCUCCCGCAGCUAAGACCACCACGGCGCCGCCGCCUCCGCAGCCCACCAACGCGUCUCAACGCGUGACUCUGAGCCCAGCGGAGUGCCGGCCGUCUGCGGGGAGCGAUGUGAUUACAAAGAGACUGGACUUCUCCUGUAAUAUCUACGUCUGGGCGCCCCUGGCUGGGACCUGCUCACUCCUCCUCCUGUCACUGAUCACCGUUCUCAUCUACAACCACAGGAAUCGAAAACGUGUUUGCAAAUGUCCCAGGCCCCAACUCAGACAGGGAAACAAGAUCAGUCCUGAGAGAUAUGUCUAA